CUUUCCUCAUUUGGAGAUGAUUGUGCUAUUCCUCUUUGCCUUGCUCUGGAUGGUGGAGGGGGCCCUUUGCCAGCUCCAUUACACGGUGCAGGAGGAGCAGGAGCAUGGCACGUUCGUGGGGAAUAUCGCCGAGGACCUGGGCUUGGACAUUACAAAACUUUCGGCUCGCCGCUUCCAGACGGCGCCCAACUCCCGCAGCCCUUACCUGGAGCUCAACCUGGAAACCGGGGUGCUCUACGUGAAUGAAAAGAUCGACCGGGAGCAGAUCUGCAAGCAGAGCCCCUCCUGCCUGCUGCACCUGGAGGUCUUUCUGGAGAACCCCCUCGAGCUGUUCCGGGUGGAAAUCGAGGUGCUGGACAUCAACGACAACCCGCCCUCCUUCCCGGAGCCCGAUCUCACCGUGGAGAUCUCCGAGAGCGCUACGCCAGGCACCCGCUUCCCCCUGGAGAGCGCCUUCGACCCCGACGUGGGCACCAACUCUUUGCGCACCUACGAGAUCACCCCCAACAGCUACUUCUCCCUCGACGUGCAGACGCAGGGCGACGGCAAUCGCUUCGCCGAGCUGGUGCUGGACAAGCCUCUUGACCGGGAGCAGCAAGCGGUGCACCGCUACGUGCUGACCGCGGUGGACGGCGGGCAGCCCCAGCAGCGCACCGGCACCGCCCUGCUCACCAUCAGGGUGCUGGACUCCAACGACAACGUCCCCGCCUUCGAGCAGCCAGUCUAUACCGUGUCGCUGCCAGAGAACUCGCCUCCGGGCACCCUGGUGCUGCAGCUCAAUGCCACCGACCCCGACGAGGGCCAAAACGGCGAGGUGAUCUACUCUUUCAGCAGCCACAUCUCGGCCCGCGCCCGGGAGCUCUUCGGCAUCGCGCCGCGCACCGGGCGGCUGGAGGUGAGCGGCGAGCUGGACUACGAGGAGAGUAGCGUGUACCAGGUGUACGUGCAAGCCAAGGAUCUGGGGCCCAACGCCGUGCCGGCCCACUGCAAAGUGCUGGUGCGGGUGCUGGAUGCCAACGACAACGCACCCGAGAUCAGCUUCUCCACCGUCAAGGAGGCUGUGAGUGAGGCGGCGGCGCCGGGCACGGUGGUUGCCCUCUUCAGCGUCUCAGACCGCGACUCGGAGGAGAACGGGCAGGUGCAGUGCGAGCUGCUGCAGGGCGACGCGCCCUUCCGCCUCAAGAGCUCCUUCAAGAACUACUACACCAUCGUCACCGAGGGGCCGCUGGACCGCGAGCAGCCGGGCGGCGACGCCUACACCCUCACCGUGGUGGCCCGGGACCGCGGCCAGCCGCCGCUGAGCACCAGCAAGUCCAUCCAGGUGCGGGUGAGCGACGUGAACGACAACGCGCCGCGCUUCAGCCAGCCCGUCUACCAGGUCUACGUGAGCGAGAACAACGUGCCCGGCGCCUACAUCUACGCCGUCAGCGCCACCGACCGGGACCAGGGCGCCAACGCCCAGCUCGCUUACUCCAUCCUGGAGAGCCAGAUCCAGGGCAUGUCCGUCUUCACCUACGUCUCCAUCAACUCUGAGAACGGCUUCCUCUACGCCCUCCGCUCCUUCGACUAUGAGCAGCUCAAGGAGUUCAGCUUCCAGGUGGAGGCCCGCGACGCCGGCGAGGAGCCGCAGCCGCUGGCCGGCAACGCCACCGUCAAUAUCAUCGUGGUGGACCAGAACGACAACGCCCCCGCCAUCGUCAGCCCCCUGCCCGGCCGCAACGGCACCCCGGCGCGGGAGGCCCUGCCCCGCGGCGCCGAGCCGGGCUACCUGGUGAGCCGGGUGGCGGCGGUGGACGCUGACGACGGGGAGAACGCCCGCCUCACCUACAGCAUCGUGCGGGGCAACGAGGCCAGCCUCUUCCGCAUGGACUGGCGCACCGGGGAGCUGCGGACGGCCCGCAGGGUGCCGGCAAAGCGCGACCCGCAGCGCCCCUACGAGCUGGUCAUCGAGGUGCGGGACCACGGGCAGCCGCCGCUCUCCUCCACCGCCGCCAUCCAGGUGGUGCUGGUGGACGGCGCGGCCGAGCGUCCCGGCAGCGGCCCGGGGGCGGGGGCGGGCGCGGGGGGCGGGGGCGGCUCUGGCGAGCAUCGCCCCAGCCGCUCUGGGGGGGACACCUCGCUUGACCUCACCCUCAUCCUCAUCAUCGCCCUGGGCUCCGUCUCCUUCAUCUUCCUGCUGGCCAUGAUCGUCCUGGCCGUGCGCUGUCAGAAGGAGAAGAAGCUCAACAUCUACACCUGCCUGGCCAGCGACUGCUGCCUGGGCUGCUGCUGCUGCUGUCCCUGCUGCAGCCGCCAGGCUCGGGCCCGCAAGAAGAAGCUCAGCAAGUCGGACAUCAUGCUGGUGCAGAGCUCCAACGUGCCCAGCAACCCGGCGCAGGUGCCGGUGGAGGAGUCGGGCAGCUUCGGCUCCCACCACCACAACCAGAACUACUGCUACCAGGUCUGCCUCACCCCCGAGUCCGCCAAGACCGACCUGAUGUUCCUUAAGCCCUGCAGCCCCUCACGCAGCACCGACGCCGAGCACAACCCCUGCGGGGCCAUCGUCACCGGCUACGCCGACCAGCAGCCCGACAUCAUCUCCAACGGCAGCAUCCUGUCCAGCGAGACAAAACAUCAGCGUGCUGAGCUCAGUUAUCUAGUUGACAGACCUCGACGAGUAAACAGUUCUGCAUUCCAGGAAGCAGACAUAGUAAGCUCUAAGGACAGUGGUCAUGGAGACAGUGAGCAAGGAGACAGUGAUCAUGAUGCCACUAAUCGAGGUCAAUCCUCUGGCAUGGAUCUGUUCUCCAAUUGCACGGAGGAAUGUAAAGCACUGGGCCACUCAGAUCGGUGCUGGAUGCCUUCCUUUGUUCCAUCUGAUGGACGCCAAGCUGCAGAUUACCGCAGCAAUCUGCAUGUACCUGGCAUGGACUCCGUUCCAGACACUGAAGUGUUUGAAACACCAGAAGCCCAACCUGGGGCAGAAAGGUCCUUCUCCACCUUUGGCAAAGAGAAGGCCCUUCACAACACUCUGGAGAGGAAGGAGUUGGAUGGACUACUGUCUAAUACACGAGCGCCUUACAAACCACCAUAUUUGAAACAUGGGUGGCAGCAGAGUAAUCCCCAUCCUACAUCCCCCAGCCCCAGCCCCAGCCGUGUGUCUCACCCUUUACCUGGAUACACCACUACAAAGGCACGGAAAAGGAUAUGCUAGUCACUUCUACAGGACUUACCUGAAGCAGCAUGAUUUGCACAAAAGUCGACCAACAAAAAGCAUCAACUUUCAACUUCAUUAUCUUGGCCAUCCAGUUCUGUGUAACUGAAGGAUUUGUGUGCUGUUGGAGACAUCCUGGCCAACAAUAGGACCUAAUUGCUCUCAGCAGGCCUGAGAAAUGAGUUGAAAUGUGUAGAACUGUAGAAACUUCAGAGGCAACUUGAUCUUGCCUCUCUGAUCAGUGUGUGCCUGUUUACAGCACUAUAUAUCUUUCUCUCUCCAAAAUGUCACUGAGCCCUUUAGAUGUUUAUAUCACCACAAGAAGCCAAUCGUACAGAUAAAAGAAAUGUGCAUUAUAAAUGCAAUAUCACUGUUUUAAACUUGACUGUUUUAUAUUAUUUUUGUGUGAUCAAGUGUUCCCCAAACUAUUCCAACUUUACAAGAGAGAUUGUGAUCAUGUUCUUAUCACCUGUGGGUCAUAAAAACGUUGCUAAUCUGAAGACCCACAAAAUUAUCAAAGACAUUCUGUAGUUUAUACACCGUGUUGCAAAGUGUUUACUGUACUAUUUCAAAGCUUCUAAAUAAAUAUAAAAUAUAUAUAUAUUAUAUUAUAUAUAAUUUUCCGAAAAAUGUGGUACAACUUAGUUGAUUUUUAAAUGGAUUCAUACAGUCUACACCAUACACUAAAGUGAGAAGGUAAUUCAGGGUUCCUAAGCUAUCCUUGCUAAAAACAAAAAUAAAAUAAACCUUUAAUAGUACUUCCCCAAUAUUCGUAUUUUGGUCAAUCCUGUUUUUCUGUUUAAAAAAAGAAAAAAGCUGUAAGCAACAACAUUUUGUCUAAAAGUUGUAAUUAAUUUUCAAUGCCAAAGAUACAGCUGUCAAUAUUACCAGAAUGAGCGCUAUGUACUAUCAGAGGUAUAAAUCACUCUCCAUUACUUUGAUUAUAUUUCUAUGGUUUUUAAUUUGGAAUCACAAAAUCUUUUAUAAGGCUCUAUAAACUCACCUGUAUAUGUUGUUAAAAAGAACACUCGGUGUCUGUACAUUUUGCAAUGUAAGAUAUAAUGAUGUAAGUGAAGUUAAGUAUUUUAAGAAAAUCAUCCCAAACCCAUAAGUAUGCAUACAUACAUACAUGCACACACACACACAUCUCUCUUUGAUAUAGAUUUGUGAAAUUCUACAAAUAUAUUGCCUAAAAAUAUUUCUCUUGUGGCUAGGAAUACUUGUUGAUAGAAUUCAAAUUACCAAGGCAAAGUAUAUGCCCAACUAUUGACUCUUUUAUCACAAAGGAGAUUUGAAAUUAGGAACAUGGCACAUUCUCAGCUGACCCCUCUCCCUCUGGAGUUAAAAUGGGGUUGACUAUCAUCUUUGUUGGGAAAAGGAUUAAGCCCUUGCAUAUAAUCUUUAUGUUCUGUAAUAAUUCUGUGGUCUGAAACAGUAUCUUAGAGCACUUUUUUCUAUGAAAUAUUGAAAAAAGUAAACUUUCAAAGAUAAAGUUAAACUUAAUUUCAUGUCCAUGGAGUUUAAGUACCAUUUACUAAAUGUAAAAAUCUAGUAAAAUGUUUUUUUCUU